AUGAAUCCGUCGUAUCCGGGCUCGUCGGGGGACCGCCACGGGCCGCCGUCGCUCAAUUCGGCGUCCAGUGCUGGUCUGGGCGGAAAAGGUGGGGCGUCCUCUGGUCAGCAGCAGCAACAGACGCAUAGUUACCAUCCGCAGCCGUCGCUGGCCCAGCUCAGCCACUUGCAUCCGCUACACGGCGGCUCCCAGCAGCAGCAGCACUCCAUCAUGCAUCCGAACGGACCUGUACUGCCUCCCCCGCCCCUUCCAGGAUCGUUGGGCGGUGGUGGGCCCAAUACGUCGCGCUCACCGCAUCCGCUUUCGGGUUCAAUCCUGCACCCACCGCGCGGCAACCUGGGCUCGUCCAGUGGAAGCGGCCCACCCUCUGUACUCGGUAAACCCGCGGGCUCUCAAGGCCCGCCACCAUCUAGCGCUGGAGGGAUGAUGGGUCACUCUGUCCGCAUGCAGACGCCAAAUAUGAGCCAGAGUAUGGGCAACGUUCAGCAGUCCAUGGCUUCGUCCUCGGGCGGACUCAAGCCGCCUACACAGAGCUACAACGUGCGUCCUCAGUCGCCUCCUCGUCGUCCGCAGGAAACUCAGCAGCAACAACAGCAACAGCAGCCACAGCAGCAACAGCAAGUGGUCCAACAGCACUACGGUCUGGACGGACGCAUCAUACCGAAUGACCAAGUAGAGGGGGACUACUACCAGCAACAACAAAUGUCUGGCCCGCCUCCGCGCCAUCGUGAACUACGUGUGGAAGAUGCGUUGCUGUAUCUGGACCAAGUGAAGCAGCAGUUCGGAGACCAGCCGGAUAUCUACAACCAGUUCCUGGACGUCAUGAAGGACUUUAAGGCUCAAGCGAUCGACACUCCCGGGGUCAUUCUGCGUGUCUCUACUCUCUUCCGUGGAUAUCCAAACCUGAUCUUGGGCUUUAACACGUUCUUACCGCCAGGAUAUCGGAUCCGCCCUGACACGUCCAUCGAGGUGAUUCCCUCGCAGAUGGCGGGUCGUGGAGGCGUCCAGCAGUCGAUGUACUCAAGCGUGGCAGCUCAGCAAGCCUCGAACGCCAAUAUGGGUCAUCGUCCGCCUCCAGUGACGAUCCCACCGCCCCCUUACUCGCCACCAGAGCUUCUCAAGGCUACGACGUCAUCACGGCAACAAUUGGCUCCUGCAGGUCAGAUGAAGACUGGUGGGAAGCCCAAGAAACAGCAGCAACAGACUCCUGUGCCUAGUGGCGGCAACGCUGCGGCUCGGAGCUCGACAAACCCCGUCGAGUUCGACCACGCGAUCCACUACGUGACGACUAUCAAGCAGCGCUUUGCCGAUGAGCCAGAGACGUACAAGGAGUUCCUGGCUAUUCUACACACGUACCAGAAGGAACAACGCUCGAUCCGCCAAGUUUUGGACCAAGUUUCGCACCUGUUCCGUGACCACCCGGACUUGUUGCGUGAGUUCACCUUCUUCUUGCCUGAUGCAGUGCAGGAACAAGCCAAGGAGCGUCUGAACCGUGCUGCUGAGAAGGCACAGCAACGUAAGGACCAAAUGGCACUGAAGGCGCGUAAGUAUGGCUCAUCUCAGGGCUAUCAGGCUGAUCGACGCGAUGAUCGUGGUGGGGACUCACCGUCCAGCGCUGCGAUGAAGGGUGGACGUAUGAUGGGCGAUGAUGAAGAUGCGUACAUGAAAUACGGCAAGAGAGGAGGUGGCAGAGGCUACAAGGAUGAUGAUCACCGCCUCAGUGGAAAAGCUCUGGAACGUCGCGAGAAGGAGCGCGAGCGCGAACGCAACCGCGCACAAUUCAAUCACAAGCGCAACAAGCGACGUCCGUACGACGGCAAGGAACGUCGUGCGUACCUGGCGAUCUCGGACGUGCUUCUGGACAAGGAAGAGUGGAGCAUUUUUGAGAAGAUUAAGAAGAUUCUGCCGUCUCGUGACAACUGGCGCGAGUUCCUCAAGUGCCUGGAGCUUUACAGUCAAGAAGUUUUGGACCGCAACGAGAUGCUGUCGCUUAUCAGGAACCUAUUCGGUCGCCACACUGACUUGGUGGAGGAAUUCGACCAUCUGUUGUGCUCACAUGGUGUCCAGAAGACCCCGAAGGAGAUCUGGCCGUUCAUCCCACUAGCUGAGACGGAUUUGUCGCAGUGUCGCCGUGCCACUCCAUCGUACCGUGGACUUCCAGCUAGCUACCCGAUCCCGCCAUGCUCUCACCGCUCUGCACUUGAAAAGGAAGUGUGCAAUGACUCGUGGGUGUCUGUGCCUACUGGCAGUGAAGAUUUCUCCUUCAAGAGUAUGCGUAAAAACCAGUACGAGGAGGCGUUGUUCAAGUGCGAAGACGAACGCUUUGAGAUCGACAUGGUGAUCGAAGCUAAUGCCUCAACUAUUAGCAUCCUUGAGCCGCUGGCGCAGGAGAUUGAAGUACUCAAGAAGUCCAGCGGUGACGACGAUAAACUGUGGAACUAUGUGGUGGAUAAGGGAACAUUCCGUGUCACCCACUUGAAUGCCAUCACGCGCAUCUAUGGCGAAGCAGGCUCGCAGAUCCUUGAACUGCUGCGGAAGUAUCCGGCUGGAGCGAUUCCUAUUAUUCUUAAGCGCCUUAAGCAAAAAGAUGAAGAGUGGCGUCGUGCUCGUGAAGAUCUGAACCGCCAGUGGAAGGAGGUAAACGAGAAGAAUUAUCACAAGUCACUGGACCACUCGAGCUUCUACUUUAAGCAGAAGGAUAAGAAGCAGACGGGCAUGAAGAUGAUGAUGCAAGAGGCCAAGAAGAAACUGGAGGCGGACGAGAAGCGCGCUGAAGAAGCCAAGACGGAUUCGAAUGCAUCGCCGUCUACUGUUUCAGCGACAUCCGCUGUUGUUGGUGCCAAGGCUCCCCCUCAGGCGUCAGAUAUUGCUGAUGCGCUGAAGAAAGAACAAUCUCUGGAUGCAGCGAAGCCUCCCAUUACCGCUGAUAGCAAGAUAGCGGCUACGUCGUCGCACCCGAUGAAGUGGAAGCCUCACUUUGCCUACAAGUUUGCAUCGGUCCAGAUCCACAAGGAAGCGUUCGGCUUGUUGUCGUACGCAGCUGAGAAGAAUUUGGGUGGAGCUGAUAAGGAGAAGAUCUCGAAGGUCUGGCAGUCUUUCUUCUUCCCGUUCUUCCAUCUGGAGGAGGAGUGGCUGGUGCGUAAGCCACAACACACCACUGUGACGCCUGAAAAGGCAAAGACUCUUCGUGUGGGCACGGAAGUGAGCACGGAGUUUGGCGAGGGUACGGUGCAGCAGUUCAACCGAGAGAAGGGCUAUUUCACAAUCAACCUGGCUGUCAUCGGGUGCCAAGCGUACUUGCAACCGAGUGCGCUCACUGUCCAAGAGGCAGCAGAUUUUCCGCCCGGACUUCCUGCACUGGACAGCAAGCAGGAUGCAGCCAAAGUGCUAGAAGACUACAAGUCGCUUUUCUAUGGCAACCAGCACGCGUACGCCUUUCUGCGUCUGUACCAGAUUCUGCACAACCGCCUCGAGCGCGCAUUUGACUUGUGUGAGAAGGCGAAGCGCAACCGCAACCGCCGCACUAUCAACCCAGCAGCCCGCGCUUUGGCCCACGCGCACCACUCUUUAUCUGCAUCGCCCAAGGAGAAAACUGGUGACUACCAGGCUUUCGUGUCUAAGCUGUACUCGCUGAUCGAUGGCUCUGUUGACAACUCCAAGUACGAGGAUUCGUGCCGCAGUCUGAUGGGAUCAACGUCGUACUUUUUGUUCACUAUGGAUAAGCUGGUGACUCAGGUGCUCAAGCAGAUGCAGCACUUGGCGAACGAUGACACGUGCCAAGAGCUUACCAAGGCGUUUGCUGAAGUACAAGGCGAGUCAAAGCCCCUAGUGGACCCGGCAGUUGCUGAAGCCAAGUCUACUGCGUAUCUCAACAAGACGAAGGCCAUUUUCGAAGGCGAAGGAGCGUUCCGUAUCGAGUUCAAGCCUGGCGUUCUGCGAAAGACCCCCCUGGAGGCGCGUGGCGGUUCUACUCCGUCAGGAGCGUCCGAGCCCUUCAAAAUUUGGGCGCCUUCUCCUCGUGUUAAGGCUCCGGAAGCCAGCAAGUGGCUUGUUGAGCCCGAGUUGGCAAUUGAGUAUCUGGGAUCUAUGGAUGAAGAUGGCGAUGAUGAUGAUGACGACGACGAGUCUCCGAGUGCUACGCCAGUAGACACGCCAUCGGCUACACCUGUGUAUGGCUCUCCUGUGCACGACACGCCUGGACGCGAUUCGCAGGACGACGAUGAUGAUUUGAUGGAAGAGACCAAGGAAAAUGAGAAUAUCAAGGAGGAGUCGACGCCCGCGUCGUCUGGUAGUGUUGAGCAAAGCGAUAGUGGCUCAUCCGAUGACGCACAUUCGGCCAAUGCGAUGAAGGCUCUGGAGUUCGCGACGCUGCUGAAGAAGCGCGGCCGUGACUCGUCCGAGGAAGGAAAUGCGGUGCUGAAAGCGUCCUCGUCUCUAUCCACUGCGGCAGGGGACGGAGCAGCUGCUGCGAAGAAGGUUAAAACAACGGAGGCAUUUACUGAUACAUCCAAGCCUACCACCGCUUCACAGAAAGAUGAACUCAUGACGGGAGGAGAUCAAACAGCUCCUGCUCCUGUUCAGGCCAAGGUGCAAGAAAUAAAGCAAGCAGUAAGACUGGAAACGCCACAGGAUCAAGACCAGAAGGGAAGAGAGACUUCGCGGAGUGCUGACAAGCAACAGACAUCGUCGCUCGGCCAGAGAGCGACUACACGAGGAAGGAGUGAUAAGAUCAAGUGA